AUGGAGGAGCAGACGCUGGUGCGGCAGACGGGCAACGCGCACAACGAGAUGGCCAAAGUGCUGAUGGACCAGCUGUCGGAGAUGCCGGCACUCACUGCCUGGUCUGCCGCGCAAUUUGAAGAGCAGAAGCAAAUGGCGUGUGCGCAUUUCUUCCGCGCGCUGGCGGCGUUUCGCAACCUGCGGGACCGCGUGAACCAGGCCGUCAUCAACUGCAACCUGGCCAAGCUCAUGCGCAUCAGUUACGCGCGCAACCAACUCCACAUGAACGCGCAGGAAGCACAGCGUGCACGUCGUCGUGGCGGUGGUGGUGGCGAUGGUGGUGGCAGUGGCGCAGUGCACGGUGCAAGCAAGGACAAGUCAGCACGGCCAUCAGCAUCAGAACAACCCGACGCCCACACGGACACGAAAGCCAGCACCAACGACGACGAUGGCGAUGGUGGUGAUGGUGAUGAUGGUGCCAGUCCCCAUGCUGUCGCGUCAACCGCUGACCGCAACUGCACAUGCACGCCAUCCAGUACUACCAGCAGGCGAAGGACUGCCUUGCGCGCCGCGCCGUGCACCCGCAGUUGUGGGACCCAGAUCCAGCUUGAGCUGGGCGGCACGCAUCUUGGGUUUGCGGCGCUGCUGGCGAGUGCUGCCCCCGGCCUUCGCGACGAUACGCACGUGGACUCGUACCUCAACAGCGCCAUCGCCAUCUUUGCAGACAUCAGCCGCAACCUCACGUCCGCGCCCGCCACCGCCGGCCGGCACGACAACGCGGCGUGGAUCAGUGCAAUGCGUCGCGCUGUGUCGCUGAAGCUCGGGGAGGCGCACCAUCGCCUUGGUCUCGUGCACCGGCGGUGGGCGGCGGCGGCAGCACGCACUGCAGCCAGCAAGGCGAGCAAGGUGGCAGAGAACCACCUCAACAAGGCGCUGUCGUACUACGCCAUGUACCCGGACGAAACGGCCGGGCUUGUGCUGCAGGUGCACUUUGAACGGGCCACGCUGCACAGCAGCGCGCACGGCCGGCACAGCGGCAGCCCCAAUGUUGGUGCGUUGAAGCGAAGUCUGCGGGACUUGCUUGCAUGCAAGGACGCCCUGGCCACAUAUUGGACGGUUGUUACUCAAAAGUACACACCACAACACGGAAAGAAGCAGUUGCUAUGGCACGAAUGA